UCUCAUCAGCUGUCAAAAGCUGACAGCAGGGACGAUUGAUUUUUGUCGCAGUAUUCGUGUUUUCAUUAAAUUGUAAUUGCAUAGGUGCAUUUCAGUGGAAGUUUCGCUGGUCUCCAUGGACGUAUAGUAGUCCAGAAGCUGUUGGAACCUUUAUAUCAGUGCCCACGACUACUAGGCAGUCAUGCCGGGUACAAAUCUAAUAGUUCCUGUGGUGUUAUGGGGGAAACACGCCCCGACCCAUUGCGUCUCAUCAGUCUACCUCUCCAGAGACCAGAAGACACUGGUCACUGGAUGCUACGACGGUCAGAUAUGUAUCUGGCAGGUGGACCCUGACAGUUUAAAGAUGACCCCUCGAUGUUUGCUGGUGGGACACACCGCGCCGGUCACUUGUUUGUCUAGAGCUUCUAUUAUUCAGGACAAUAACUUCAUAGUAUCAUCAUCGGAAGCUGGUGAGAUGUGUACCUGGGACCUGGUGGACGGCAAGUGUAGGGAGAGUGUCAAAUUGUCGCAGAUACAUACUAAUAUACAGGCCUACCACAUGUGUAACAGUGAAGAUCUGCGCCUAUUCUGCAAUGGUUACUACGCAGAGAUCUUGAUCAUGGAUCCUUUUUCGUUGGAGAUCUUAUUCUCACUCAGCUCUAAGAUGAAUCCUGACUGGAUAUCUGCUUUACAUGUACUCCGUCCAUCUUCAAGGAAAGACGAUGUAGUUUUAGCUAUAUCUAUUACUGGGACCGUUAAGGUAUGGUCCCUCCUAGGCCACGAGAAUAAGCAGUCUGAGCCUAUUUACGAGAACGAGUCGAAACAAAUCCGUUGUUUGAACGCAUUGUCGCUGAACUGCUGCGCGUACAAUCAACGGACGGUGCUUAUUGUAUGCGCUAAGUAUUGUCAGAUAUACGAUGCUGGUGACUUCUCAGUCCUAUGCUCGAUCCAAGCGCCAUCUGGCGAGCGUUGGAUGUCGGGCGACUUUCUAGCGCCAGAUCGAGUGCUAGUGUAUUCUACUGAAGGAAAGGGAUAUCUUUACAAGCUGCCGGCCAACAAACUGCGAGGGCGGGCUAUCAUUAGCUCAGUACCAGAUCACAAGGGAUUCCAUGGUCCUACUGUGGACCAUGAUAGUCCGGUUCUAUUCGGGAUUCUGGCUCAUCCUGAUAACAAGCUCCUAUCCUGUCCCCCGGCGAUGCGGUUCGUGAUAACGUCAGUGGGGGGUAAGCAGAGACGCCUGUUGCUGCGAGGGGACUCCGCCGGUGUGGUCUCCGUGUGGAACGUGGAUGAUGCAGCCGUGCCCACUCCUAACCAGAUGUCUUCGCACGCGCCGAUCGUGAUGACGAGUUUGGAUAUCGCGUGGGAGGACAUGAAUCCCAGUCCCGUCGGUAUACUCGAUCAGUUGAACCACCCGGAAGAACAAGAAAUCAAGCUAACAGCAUCAAUAUACCUACUGGCGGCCAACCGUUUGGUGGUAGGCAGAGAGGAUGGUUCCAUAGUCAUCGUGAAUGCAACUCAUACGGUGCAACUGCAACUGUUGCAUGGGAAUCAUCAGCAACUUGAUGACUGGCCUCCACAUCAGUUAUUAUUAGGGCACAACGGUCGAGUCAAUUGUCUGCUGUAUCCCCACCAUGUACACCAAAGAUACGACAAGUCCCACCUGGUGUCUGGGGGUAUAGACUUCGCGGUGUGUUUGUGGGACCUGUUCAGUGGCGCCCUCUUGCAUCGCUUCUGUGUACACGCCGGGGAGAUCACACAACUCAUUGUGCCGCCACAUAAUUGUAGUCCUCGUAUUCAGAAGUGCAUUUGUUCAGUCGCUUCAGAUCACAGCGUCACUCUACUCAGUCUAACAGAACGUAAAUGCGUGACCCUCGCCUCCCGGCACCUGUUCCCCGUGCUUACCAUCAAGUGGCGGCCUGCGGACGACUUCAUGGUGGUGGGCUGCAGCGAUGGUACUGUCUUCGUAUGGCAGAUGGAGACGGGGCAUGUGGACCGCGUGUUACAUGGUAUGAUAGCGGAAGAAGUGCUGGCGGCGUGUGAUGAAGCGUUGGCAGACGACCUCGGAGGGUCGCUGUCCACCGGCUCCAGCGAUGGACUGGCCAACCCGGCUGUACACUUCUUCAGAGGCCUGCGGCACCGCAACCUGACGGCGAUGCGCGCGGCGACGCAGCGCGGGCUGGCGGCGCUGCAGCAGUCGGGCCCGGCCGGCAGCGCGGGGCCGCUCGCCGAGCCCGCCCGCGCAAGGCGAGCACAGCUCACCGUGCAGGGCUUCCGCAGUAACCCCGCUGACCCUGAAAGCCACAUCUUAUUCUUCGACAUCGAGGGUCUGAUAGUGGAACUCCUCAGCGAGGAGUACUCCGCUAUGAGUCCUGCUAGUUUGGAGGCGGCCGGUCUGAUAACGAGCGAGUACAUGAAGGUGGCAGCCCUGACGCAGUCUGCCAGCCCUGACGCCACCAAGAGAAUAUCAGACUUCUUCGGCCGCGUCAAGGACAAAGCCGGAGAUAUGGAACGGAUAUUGAAGGAAAAAGAUAAACAUGGUAUACUGGCUAAAAUGAAAGAGGGAGCUGAGACUAUGCAGACGAAGCUGCAGGCGAAGGCCGAACAGCUGAAAGGUCAUAUCGACAACAAAGAAGACGCCAGCCAGAAACGGCAGCGUCCCCGCGACAUGUCCCUCGCUGAGCCCCCCCACACCAUGGAAAUAGCACAGAUCCUGAUAUCCUUGCUGCACGCGUGGGGGCUGGACCCAGACCUGGACAGGGUCUGCGAGUCCAAGCUUGGAUUGCUGAGGCCUAUGGUGCCAGUCUGCUUCGGCGUGGUCUCCCGCCACGGCCACAUGGCUGUCCAGCUCCCCACGUGGCUCGGCAGCUGGUCUGCCGCCUGCGCCUCGGCUCCUGACGACCCCUUACUCAUCACGUCUGAUCUUCCACCUGAGCUGGUUCGACAGGAGAAGUUGACCAGAUUAUUCUCAUCGAAGCUACACUGGGAGUUGAGCACGACCCUCACGACGAACCACCUUCUCUCCAUCGUGGCCCUGGCCAACACACUCAUGUCAAUGAGCAAUGCCAGCUUCGUGCCCGAACAAGAGGUCAUUAGGAGGCUGCAUAGACCGUCAACCAGGAACUCCUCAUCCUGGGCAGCAGACGAGGAGAGAGAGGAACAGCUGGCAGCCCAGCAGGCCCACAUCAAGCAAGGAUGGUCCUUAUUGGCCACGCUACACUGUGUAUUAUUGCCUGACAAGGUGGUUGCUGCAGGAGCGAAGAGUUUCAAGCGUCCACAAGUGGAGAUGCUGGCCCGGCGUUGGCAACAUCACUGUCUCGAGGUACGGGAGGCUGCGCAAGCGCUGCUACUCGCUGAACUUGGCAGACUGGGUCCGAAGGGCCGCAAGACCCUGGUGGACAACUGGGCGCAGUUCCUCCCCCUCUACACCCACACAGAGAGCAUCAACCCCCACGCUGCGCACAAGGAGCCGGCAGAGAAGAUACAGCAAGUUCAAGAAGAAGAGUUUGAAGAAGAAGAAGAGGAGAUAAUCCGCAAGCCGUCUUCUCUAGCGGAGCUGAAACGCAAGCAGACCACUGCAGUCGUACUGCUGGGCGUGAUCGGCGCUGAGUUUGGACAGGACAUCACUAGCGAAGGCGCGGCGGGCAAUAAGAGGCGUAAGGACGGAGACAGCCGCAAGAGUUCCGUGGUCGAAGGUUUCACCCUAAGCUCAUCAAACAACUUGGCCCGUCUGACGGCGUUGGCGCUCACCCAUCUACUUCUGAGCCCGGCCUGCCCGCGCUUGCCCGCGCACACGCCGCUGCGGCGCGCGGCCGUGGACCUGCUGGGCCGUGGGUUCACGGUCUGGGAACCUUACUUGGAUGUCAGUCAUGUGCUUCUAGGUCUGCUAGAGAUGUGCUGUGACGCGGACAAGUUGGUUCCGUCGAUGACGUACGGACUGCCCCUCACGCCGCAGGCAGACUCCUGCCGCACUGCCAGGCACGCGCUCACGCUCAUCGCCACCGCCAGGCCGGCGGCGUUCAUAACGACGAUGGCCCGCGAGGUGGCGCGGUGCGCGGCGGCGGCGCAGUCCGCGCCCCCCUCGGCCGCCUACCUGGCGCUGCACAAGGGCCGCGCGGAGGUCCUGCGCGGGAUCGAGCUACUCAUCGACCGCAUGCACAACGAGGUCGCUGAGCUGCUUGUCGAGGUGAUGGACAUAAUCCUGCACUGCGUGGACCAGUCGCACCUGAAGAGCAAGGGCCUGAACGAGGUGUUCCCCGCCAUCUGCCGGUACAACCAGGUCUCGCACUGCCCCGCUACCAGGAGGAUCGCCGUGGGCAGCCACACGGGCCAGUUGGCGAUGUACGAGCUGCGCGCGGGGCGCUGCCAGUCGCUGGCGGCCCACGCCGGGCCCGUCACCGCCUGCGCCUUCAGCCCCGACGGACGCUACCUCGUCUCCUACGCCACGGCAGACAACCGGCUGUCCUUCUGGCAGAGCACUGCCGGUAUGUUCGGCCUAGGCGCGGCGCAGACUCGGUGCGUAAAAUGCUACAGUACGGCGCCUAUGGCAGACGUGGCCAGACUCAACCCCGCCCGCCUGGCCAGGCUAGUCUGGACCAAUUCCAGAACUGUCACCCUCAUGCUAGCCGACGGCUCGGAGACGAGGUUUAACGUGUAAAUAUAGUAAAUGAAGUAUCUUUGUUUUACUUUUAGUGUUGGACAAAUAAUUCAGGUUGUAAGUUGAUCAACUUAAGUGUUGGAGAGCCAUGCUUCGACACG